AUGGCUUCCGACCCUGGGUUUGUGCACACAGAUCCCCUUCAAACAAGCUCCUCGCUGCAUAAACCAGACCUCAGUGCCACAAUAAAAGAUGUUACGAUCACAACAAUUUCGGCCAACCACUGUUCCACAAACACUGUGAGAAAGUCUCACUUUUCGACAGAAGGCCAUGACCGUUCUGUGUACAGUGCUUCAGCAAAUGGAUCCUACUCUCCAACAGCAGACACGUUCUGGAGAGGCAAAGUCACAACGCUGUUUGAGAACUUGCUCUCUACAGCUGAGUAUCCAGUAGAACUCCAUGGCCAGUACUUAGCGUUCCUGAAUAAUUUAAUUGUUCCUUCUCUCGGCCCACAACCUAGCCCGUCUUCAACUUGGACACCGCAUCUCACCAAAGAGCACUCGCCUUUCGAGCCGUCCUGGAAUAUUCAAGGAGACAAACAGCAAAUCCGAUUCACCCUUGAACCUGUCGGACGAGAAGCGGGCACAGCCUCGGAUAUCCUGAAUCAAGCUCAUCCUCUCUCCUUCGUGGAAUCCUUGGCAGCAUCGAAGCUAUGUCCAAGCCUCAAUACAACAUGGUGGAAGCACUUUACCUUCGAGUUGUUUCUGUCCAACCCAGAGAUUGAAUGUCUUCAAGAACUGUCACCACCUGCAAGAGUAACUCCAACAUGUUUUCUUGCCUUCGAUUUGCCCUUCGAGCAAUUCUCACCAAUUCUCAAAGCUUACCUCUUCCCUCACCGUCGAGCUCGCUUGUCCGGAAAAACCAACACUCAAUGUGUCAUCGAGGCAGUAAAGAAAUUAAAUUCACCAACAAUAUCGGUUUUUUCAGCCUUGUCUCAGAUUGAAGCGUUUCUUGACACCAAACAACCCACACCACAGCAAUCUUCGGACACGAUGGUCGUCUCCAACCUAGGCGGCGAAGAACAUGGAAAGAGUAUCGAGAUGGUAGCAAUUGAUUGCAUUGAUCCGUCAAAAGCACGCAUAAAGCUAUACGUCAAAGAGAAUGUUUCAUCCUUUGCAAACGUGAGAAACAUCUUCACGCUUGGCGGCCGUCGCUGUGGUUUCGAGAUCGACGAAGGCCUGAAAGCGGUUGAGAAGUUCUGGGUAGCUUUGUUUGAUGGCACGGAGAACAUGAAUCUCAAGCCAGCAUUCUUGUUUCUUGGACUCGAAGUUGUUCCGGGUGUAGAGAUGCCGGAUGUCAAGCUGUAUAUUCCGGCUUGGACUUGUCCUUUCAGGGACAAGGAAAUCACGAGUCGCCCUUCGGGCUACUUCACGUCCGAGAACUGGGAUGUUGGUAGUACUUUUGAUGACGACUUUCAGAAAAUUAGUGAGACAAGUGAAGGGGGGUCGGCCAAGGCCUCAUAUACUUACCUCUCGUUCGCUUAUUCGGUGGCAAAGGGACCAUAUGUCACCUUGUACUAUUCUCCAAUUCUUCUGUCGGGCGGCUGAAGAUUUGAUUUA